AUGUCGACAUCAGCUACAACUACUCAGCAGGCUGGACAGUCCGUUCGCCUGACCAGCGAAGACCAACUACCUCCAGUCCCCUCCGCGGCGAACGAUGCAUCAUUCCAGGGCCUUGCCCGGGGAGGUCGAAACGGCACAUUGAAACUGCGAGGUAUCCCCACAUUCACAGACUUACACGAGAAGCGCAAGUGGAUGAGAGAGCACAUGGCAGCCGCGUUCCGGUACUUCGGAAAGCUGGGCUAUGGGGAGGGCGUUUCUGGACAUAUCUCCAUGCGAGACCCUAUUCUCAAGGAUCAUUUCUGGAUGAACCCGUUCGCGAAGCACUUCUCGACUAUCAAGGCUUCGGAUCUUGUUCUCCUAGACUCUGAUGGAUUUGUCGUCGAGGGUGGAGCUCAGCUGCCAGUCAAUGAAGCUGGAUUCCUCAUUCAUUCUGAAAUUCACAAAGCUCGCCCUGAUGUGGUCGCUGCUGCCCAUACACAUGGUAUCCAUGGCAAGACGUGGAGUUCAUUUGGAAAGCCUAUUGAGAUGUUGACUCAAGACGCAUGCAACUUUUAUGGUGGAUUGGGUGUCUAUGAAGACCACGGCGGCAUUGUUUUGUCCAACGAGGAGGGACAGGCCAUCGCAAAGGCUCUAGGUCCUACUAAUAUCGCUUGCAUUUUGCAGAAUCAUGGUCUUUUGACCGUUGGCCGAACUGUUGACGAAGCCGCGAUUCUUUAUUCCAUGCUCGAGAAUGCUUGCCACUCACAGCUAAUGGCCGAGGCAGCAGCAGCAAACGGUCUGCCAAAGAAGAUCAUCGCAGAUGAGGCCGCUAGAUUCACUGCACAGGCUGCUCAGAAUCCCCAUAAUUUCUACACCGAAUUCCAGCCUGAGUUCGAGUUGAUUGUCGAAGAGACCAACGGAAGGGUUCUUCAGUAA